GAUGUACUACGUACCAUAUAUAGCCCCCCUUAUGUUCCAUUAUUGAAGGUUCCCUUGCAAAAUUUCCGGCUCAAUACCGCGGGGAUGGCGCCACAGCAACAACAGUCCAUAGAGCUUGAAGGCCCAGUAAUCAAGAAGGUGGAUGAAUUCAUCAAAUCAGUGCAUGUGGAGGCAUACAUGCCCCGACACGUGGUAAUCGGACUCAUGACACCCAAACUUUAUAGGGGAAAUAUUGAAAACAUGAGGAGGCGUGAUGAAAAGAAUCGAUGCUUGGAUGAUUUCUUGACUGAAUGUAAUGUGGAGCACCAAGAUAUUAUUGUUAGGGAACUCCAGGAGAACAGCCCGUCGCUGCGUUCUUUCUACGAUCUUGAUGUCGUCCCGGAUCUGACAGAUAAGAGCAUCCUGGAGAUGGUGCGAGACGGAUGUUACAUCCUCUCUCAAUGCCUCAACAUGAAAAACAUAAUGGAUCAUCAGGUGGCUGCUGACGACUUGAACAGGUUCCUGUGUACUAACUCAGAACCUGAUAUUGUUCGUGAUGUUCUCUUCCUCUACGAGAACCAGAUACCGUUCAAGGUCCUUGAUACCCUGUAUACCAGGUUAGUCCAGGGAAGAACAAGACCGCAGCUGAAAGAUCUGAUGGUCAAAUGGGUCUGUGAACAUCUUCAGUGGCAGAAAUAUAUUAGAGGGGAACCUGCAAAAAACCUGGAUUUCCGGCAUCUUUUGGAGCUCGUACACAUGAUCAUUACAACAAGUGUUCCCACAGUAUUAUUAGGGUCAAGCUCCCCCGACACCAUAUGGGAUAGGGCAACAAACUACGAGGAGCAUGCUGCGGUGACUUUUCUGUACCGCCCACUAGACGGUGCAUGCACUCGCAGCAUACUGGAUGUGAGCCUCGGCCGGUGUGGCCGCCUACAUAUCCCUCCCUUGAUCAUCUACACGGAUACACUGCCAAUGCUGCGUAACUUGAUGCUGUUGGAAAAGUACAACAUCUGCGUAAAUAAGCACGUUACCUCCUACUGUUUCUUUCUGUCAAAGCUUGCAAGAUGUGACCAGGACAUAGCGUUUCUGAGCAAGAAGAGGAUCAUUGAUAACAAUCUGCAAAAUAACAACCUCGCUGCCACCAGGAUCUCCGAGAUCACCUCUGGGUUUUCUCCUAAUCUUCCAAUCGAAAACUAUCUUCAGAAGAUAGCUGAUGCACUGGACAGUCGCUUCCACUCCUGCACCUACCAAAACAUCUCUUGGUUGAAGCUCCAAAAGAUGCAAAACAUGGCCAUGUUGGCACUGUCCCUCGGUGGCAUUAUCAUCUUCGUUUGCUCUAUUAUACAAGCAGUUUGUUCUAUUAUCAGCUGCCCAAAGAAAUAAUUCUUAGUGAUGAAAAAAAAAGAAUCGAUGGGAGUAGGCUAUCACCACAUGAUUGUAUAUUUAUGUGAUCUUAAUUUCGUGAACUCUUUGUUUAUGUUAUGAGUUAUUCCAAAUUCUUAGUGUA